AUGGUUGACCUGCUACCACCGUCAAAGAGACUUAAGAUCUCCGAAGAACUUUCCCCCACUCAACAAGACCAAGUGCACCAAGUGCUUCCUGCCAUCGAAAAACUCCGCGACUAUAGCAACAUUGGCCAAUGGCUCGACGACGUCCAUAGAGUACUGGAGACAUGGCAGCUGGAGGAGUACAUCGACCCCAGCGCUCUGAGACCUGCAACCGAUGACGAUGGCUACAUCUACUGGGAACAACAGGCAAACGUGAUCUUCUCUUGGCUGCACCUUCACAUCUCGCCUACCAUCUGCGAAGACCCCAUUUUCGUCAGCCGCCAGCCACGACUUCCCGAAGACUUCAUCAACACUGUCAGGGACGUUGUGAGCCGUGUUAGCCUGGAGACAGCCACUCAUUUCUGGUGGUCAACUAUCUACAUGGACCCUUUCGAUUAUAGAUCCUUUGACGGAUUCUUCGCCGCAUUCAGAGAUUUGGCGAAGCAGGCCAUUUUGGUGGGAGUCAUCACCCCUUAUCAAGCGUUCUUCGUCUUGCACCGGCACCUCCCGAAUCUGGAGAAUGUUUUCACACUGCCUUAUGCCAAGUACAGUGACACCAUUCAUUGCUUCGGCAUGGCUGGCGAAUGCCCUAAAAAUAUGACCGAGGAGACAUUCAACUUGUUCUGUGAGCACAUUGAAGAGCUUCCUCGGAGCGCUUAUUGGACCUGGAAGCGCGUGGAAUUUUCAGGGGCUAUGCCUAAAUACAUUGCGCAUACACAAGAUGCUUUGAAUCUGAACGCUGCAUCGAUUUGA